AUGGAGCAAUCGCCGUUGACACGACAAUCACGCCCUGAAAGUUUUGAGCCAAAGGUUGCACAGCUCUAUCGCCAGCUGUUUAGGGAUCGCGACGAUGAAGACAAGCCGGAGGGUUACUGGAGGGAAUUCUUCCUCCUGAAGCCCGACAAUGAACGCUUCGGACAGUUACUGGAUGAUCUGGAAGCAAUAGAUCUGUUACACGCUUCACAUCAUUGCGAACAAUUCGUCUCUCAUGCCAUCACGUACGCCAGAUCGGGAAUCUCACCGUCAGACGAGAAUGCUCUUGAUAACUUGACAGUAUUCCUGACCAAAGUGUUUUCCAAGAAGUACACCAAUCCCAGCUCAGAUAUCAUCGAAGUUCUAGCUGGACUUGAUAAUGUUGACACUGUCUUCAACGACCUCGUGACGGCGCUGGAUAACACGAUAAGCUCUGGAAAGACAGUCUGUUUCCAAAAGAAAGCUGUCCAAGUUGCCCUUUGCGUGGCCUCAGGAGCUUUCCAAACAGGACUGCUCACAUACUUCACACAACGUGACUUCUUUCCCUCUCUGAUGAGGCUCAUUCGCGAUCUAGAGGACCCAUUAGAUGCAGCACAACCAUUGCUUCUGGCAGGGCUCCUUGCAAAUUACAACAAAUUCGAAACCUACAACCCCUAUCACGCUCGAUUCGCAGAUUUUGUCAAUCACGAGACGAUCGCGCAGAUCUGUAAAUCAAUCGAAAGCACUUGUGUGUACUUGAGAGACCAAUAUGUUGCCAUCCAAGACGAUGUGCCUGAAGCCUGGAGCAUUGGAGGCACGUUGAGCUACAUCGGUCUCGGAGCUCUAGCCGGUGCAAAACCCGCAGUACCAGCACCCACUGAGGAAGAGAUGAAGACAAAGUUUGCCGAACAGCCGCAACCACAAGCAGGAACACUGCUCACAGUAUACGACUUCGUCAGCGCCAACAAAGCAUUCAGUGCAGACUUUGUCCGAGCCUAUGGCGAUGACAAGACGCAGAGCUCACCCUUCGCUCAAUACCUCUCUUUCUGUUCUUACCUAUAUCAGCAUGCCUAUCGCUCGCGAAGGGCGACGCAAUAUGCCCAUGUCACUUUGUUUACGAUCCAGAAUCUGGUCGAGGAUCUGGAUGUCGUGAAGAAGUUGUGCGAGACAACAGUGCCAGUGCGCCUGAGCCGUCAACGACCACCACAGCUACCUCUGGUCUCUGCAGAUCGCACGCUGGCUGCGAAUAUCAUCGAUGUCAUGAUUGACAGCAUCAACCACAAUUUACGGAAGAAGCUAGAUGUUGAGCUGUAUAUGCUAAACAUUGGCAUCCUCUUGCGCCUCAUCACAUUCCUCAGUAAAGCGAGAAUACGCCUGACAUACCACUGGCCAGAGCUCUGGCGCUCCCUCUUAUCCUUCGUCCGCUUCCUCACCGUCUACGCCGACGAUCUCCGCCCUCUCUAUCGCAUAGACUUGCUCAUCGAGACCCUAAUAAACCUCCUCUCCCUAUCCCUAACCUUAGGCGAAACCUUCCUGCCUGACACAGCCGCCUACGACGACAUAUCCUACAAGCUCGUCGAAUUCGGCCCUUCCCUCCUUUCCUUCCGCGAUGCCUAUGGUCUACGAAAAGGCGAUUCUGCAGCCGCAAUGAAUAUCUUGGUACAUGUGUCUAAACACUACAGCGAUCUGAUUGCAGACAAAAAGGGCAAAGCCAAGAAUUUGAGUCCGAGAGAUGUGCAGAGGAUUAUCAAAGAAGGGUAUGAGACGUUGAGUAUCGAGGCCAAGGAAGGCUUGGAUCAUUGGGAUAUGUAUAGAGAGGCAGAACACAAAGCGCAGCUGAAGAAGAUUGCAAGGACGGCUUGUGUGGAUGCGAGGGCCUUGAUGUCUUAA